AUGACCGAACAACCAAACAAACUUGAAAGAAUUGAAUCAUCAUCAAUAAAACCAUUAAUAACAACAAUAAACAACAAUGAUAUUAAACAAUCAUAUAUUUUCACAACACAUAUAUCAAAUGGAGCAACAUUGAUCAACACAUCAAACAAUUCAAUCGAACAACUCAAUGUAGAUUAUAGUUUUUCAAAUACAGCCUCAUCAAUGGUUUCAAUUGGUGAAUAUAUCUAUAUAUUCGGUGGUGAGAAAAAUCAAAACAAAUGGAUGAAAUUCUCAAUUAGAUCGAAAUCAGUGGAAUAUAUUGGCGAUAUUGAUGGAGUCGAUGGUGGAUAUGCAAUAUCAGUUUGUUAUAAUGGUGAAGAUCAUAUCUAUUUAGUAAAUGGCCAUAGCUCAAAUAGAAUCGAUCGAUUCAACAUCAAAACAAUGAAAUUCGAAAGAUAUCAUCAAUUACCCGAUCAAUUUAGUCUACAGACAUCAACAAUGAUCUUCAAAGGCUCAUUAUAUUCACUAUCGUACAAAGAACUAAAUUCGAUGUUUAAAUUCGAUUUAACAGAUAAAACGAUAACAGAAUAUCAUAUUAACAUUACACCAUUCUCGGCAUGUCAUGAUAGCAAUGGAAAUUUCUUUAUACACGACAGAGUUAACAAUCGAUUCAUUAAAUAUAAUGUUGAAACCAAACAAACAAUCAAUCUUAAUCCAAUUCCUGCCUUGGAUCGAUUUGCAUACUUGAUGUAUCAUCAAGAAUCAUCAAUGUCCAGUUUUAUCUAUUCAUUUGGUGGUAAUUACUAUGUAAAUAUGACUGUAAAAGAGUUGGACAAAACUAUCUUCAUGAAAAUUCAUUUGUCUUCUAAAAAGAUUUAUAAAAUGUCUAAAUUGAUUAGUUUAUCUUUAUUAUUAAUAAUAUUUAUUUCCACUUCUUUAUCCACCAAAGAUUUGGAAGAUUUUAUUUAUAAAGAUGAUCCAUCAUUUGGUUAUGUUUAUAAUUCAAAGAUUGAUAAAGUAGGAUAUACCAUCUAUAUCUUAAAUUAUACUUCUGGAACUUGGUUAGAUAGUGAAUUAACUAGCAAUCCAGUUUGGUAUCAUUGGCUUCACAUUUGUAUUCCCAAUGUCGUUACAACCGAGACAGCUUUCCUUUGGAACGAUAAAGGUGACUACUCAACAUCCGCCAACUACACUCCACAUCCAUUAGCUCAGCACAUCUGUUCAAAUACUGGAUCGAUUGCUGCUUUCCUCUAUCAAAAUCCAAACCAACCAAUCAGUUUCAGAAAUUCAACAAAAAUGUUGAUAGAGGAUGAAAUAAUUGCUCAUAGUUGGCGUGAGUACUUCAAUAACCAGUCAAAGAAAGAUUGGAUCGCAUCCUACCCAAUGACUCGUGCCGUUGUCAGGUCGAUGGAUGUCGUUCAAAGUUUCCUUAGUAAAAUUUCAUCGUGUCAUCUUGUUAGUGAUUUCGUUGUUGGUGGUGCAAGUAAGCGUGCUUGGGCUGCAUGGUUGGCAGCUGCCAUUGAUCCACGUAUCUCAGCUGUGAUUCCAGUGGUUCUACCAGUUUUAAACAUGGAAACAAACUUUAAUAAUCAUUUUCGUGCAUACGGUGGUUUCUCCUAUGCUUUUAGCAGCUACUUAAACGAAGGUUUGUUGGCAGAGUUGAAUUCUCAAUCAUUCCAUUCUCUUUCACAUGAAAUAGAUCCACUUAUGUACGUACGUGGUUUAAUCAAACCAAAGUACAUCGUUUCCACAGUAUCCGAUCAAUUCUUCAUUCCCGAUUCCUCAGUGUAUUUCUUUGACAAGUUACUUGGUGAGAAGCAUCAGCGUAUCAUACCAAACGAUGACCACUCCAUACUAUUAAAAUUCGACCAGAUUGUCAGUGAUGUCACCUCAUACUACAAAUCGAUUGCCUUCAACUCGCCACUACCAAAGUUUGACUGGACAGUCAUACCAGACCUCUCUAAUAACCGGACAACCAUGACUCUGAUUCUCGGGGAUGGUAAUAGUGGUAAUGGAUACAAUGAUCAACAACAACAACAACGACCAACUUCUGUCUUGUUGUAUGCAGCUGAUAGUGCAUCUACCACCAAGCGUGACUGGCGUCUUCACACGUGUCCAGAGUGCAAGCCACAAGAUGUUACUUUUCUACCAACAGUUGUACAAGAGUCAUCAGAUAUAAACAACGUCUACACAGUUACUAUUGAACAGCCUGCUAAAGGUGGUUGGAGAGGUGCAUUCAUUGAGUUGACUUAUGAGACGCCAUUCAUUGGAACACAAAAGUUCACCACAGAAUUCUUCUGGGCACCAUACACAUUCCCAUUCGCCGAAUGUGGCAACAAUUAUUGGACAAAAACUGUAUUCAUGUCUAAAUUGAUAGGUUUAAUUUUAUUAUUAAUAUUAGUAAUAUAUAUUUCCACAUCUUUAUCGACCAGAGAAUUGGAGGAUUUUGUUUAUAAAGAAGAUGAAUCAUUUGGUUAUGAAUAUCAUUCAAAGAUAGAUAAAGGAAUAUAUACCCUCUAUAUUUUAAAUUAUACUUCUGGAACUUGGUUAGAUAGUGAAUUAACUAGCAAUCCAGUUUGGUAUCAUUGGCUUCUCAUUUGUAUUCCCAAUGUCGUUCAAACCGAGACAGCUUUCCUUUGGAUCGAAAACGGUGACUACUCAACAUCCGCCAACCACUCUAUAUACCCAUUGGCCGAGCAUAUCUGUUUUAAUACUGGAUCGAUCACAGCUUUCCUCUAUCAAAAUCCAAACCAACCAAUCAGUUUCAGAAAUUCAACAAAAAUGUUGACAGAGGAUGAAAUAAUUGCUCAUAGUUGGCGUGAGUACUUCAAUAACCAGUCAAAGAAAGAUUGGAUCGUUUUCUACCCGAUGACACGUGCCGUUGUCAAGUCGAUCGAUGUUGUUCAAAGUUUCUUGCGUGAACAUUCAUUUUUACAUCGUGUUACCGAUUUCGUUGUUGGCGGUUCGAGUAAGCGUGCUUGGGCUGCAUGGUUGGCAGCUGCCAUUGAUCCACGUAUCUCAGCUUUGAUUCCAGUUAUUCUGCCAAUCCUGAAUAUGGAGACUAACUUUAAUAAUCAUUUUCGUGCAUACGGUGGCUUCUCAUAUAUUCUGAACAGUUUCUUUGACGAAAAUCUGUUUGCACAGUUGAAUAAGCAACCGUUCCACUCUCUGGCGUCGGAAAUCGAUCCACUUAUGUACGUAGGUGGUUUAAUCAAACCAAAGUACAUCGUUUCCACAGUAUCCGAUCAAUUCUUCAUUCCCGAUUCCUCAGUGUAUUUCUUUGACAAGUUACUUGGUGAGAAGCAUCAGCGUAUCAUACCGAACGACGAUCACCUAAUGACAUACAAAUUCGUCCAGAUUGUCAGUGAUGUCACCUCAUACUACAAAUCGAUUGCCUUCAACUCGCCACUACCAACUUUCGAAUGGACAGUGGUACCGGACCUCUCUAAUAACCGGACAACCAUUACUCUGAUUCUCGGAGAUUCCAAUACACUUUCCAGUGGAUUGUCAAAAGCUAGACCACAUCAACGACCAACUUCUGUAUUGUUGUAUGCAGCUGAUAGUGCAUCUACCACCAAGCGUGACUGGCGUCUCUAUACAUGUCCGGAUUGCCAACCACAGAAUGUUACUUUUCUACCGACUGUAGUUCCAGAGUCAUCCGACCCAAACAUCUACAUAGCCACCAUUGAACAACCAGCCAAAGGUGGUUGGAGAGGUGCAUUCAUUGAGUUGACUUAUGAGACGCCAUUCAUUGGAACACAAAAGUUCACCACAGAAUUCUUCUGGGCACCAUACACAUUCCCAUUCGCCGGAUGUGGAAACAAUUUUUUAGUAGUUUUUCUAGUUACUCUCUUGAAUGUAUCUUUGGCUGACAAGGUGCGUUGUGGAAUCGGAUUCUGUGAAACCGAACCUAAACAAUGUAAGAAAUACGAUGGAUGUAGUGUAAUGUGUUCGACUUCGACCGGUUGCAAUGUAACCUCUGACGAAUGCUCUUUUAAACCGGUGGUUUGUGAUGAUGGUUUUGCUUGCACUGAAGAUUCAUGUGAUCCUGCCACUGGGUGUACAUACACACCAAACAACGCGCUAUGUGAAGACAAUAACCCGUGCACAAAGAAUGUAUGCACGCAACGCGGAUGUGAAACAACUGAAAUUACAUGUCCAGUCGGCAAAACUCUGGAUGUAGUUGGAUUGGGUUUACUUUGUUAUCCACAAAUCUGUAGUCCUUCUACAGGUACUUGUAUUCGUGAUCCAAACGUAAAACCAUCACAAAUUUUAUGUAAAUAA